AUGAUCGCAGCGCAGGCCAAGCUGGUGUACCACCUGAACAAGUACUACAACGAGAAGUGCCAGUCCCGCAAGGCCGCGGUCUCCAAGAGCAUCCGGGAGGUGUGUAAGGUGGUGUCAGACGUCCUGAAGGAGGUGGAGGUGCAGGAGCCGCGCUUCAUCAGCUCCCUCAGUGAGAUGGACAACCGCUUCGAGGGGCUGGAGGUCAUCUCCCCCACGGAGUUCGAGGUGGUGCUGUACCUCAACCAGAUGGGUGUCUUUAACUUCGUGGAUGACGGCUCUCUACCGGGCUGCGCGGUGCUCAAGCUCAGCGACGGCCGCAAGAGGAGCAUGUCUCUGUGGGUAGAGUUCAUCACCGCCUCCGGGUACCUCUCCGCGCGGAAGAUCCGCUCCCGCUUCCAGACGCUGGUGGCUCAGGCCGUGGACAAGUGCAGCUACAGGGACGUGGUGAAGAUGGUGGCGGACACCAGUGAGGUGCGGCUGCGCAUCAGGGACCGGUACGUGGUGCAGAUCACUCCCGCCUUCAAGUGCACCGGCAUCUGGCCCCGCAGCGCGGCGCACUGGCCCCUGCCGCACAUCCCGUGGCCCGGGCCCAACCGAGUGGCUGAGGUGAAGGCGGAGGGCUUCAACCUGCUGUCCAAGGAGUGCUACUCUCUGAACGGGAAGCAGAGCUCCGCGGAGAGCGACGCCUGGGUGCUGCAGUUCGCGGAGGCCGAGAACAGGCUGCUGCUCGGCGGCUGCAGGAAGAAGUGUCUGUCGGUGCUGAAGGCGCUGAGAGACCGACACCUGGAGCUGCCGGGGCAGCCGCUCAACAACUACCACAUGAAGACUCUGGUUUCCUACGAGUGCGAGAAGCACCCGCGGGAGUCGGACUGGGACGAGAACUGUCUGGGGGACCGCCUCAACGGGAUUCUAUUACAGCUUAUUUCAUGUUUGCAGUGCAGGCGCUGCCCGCACUACUUCCUGCCGAACUUAGACCUUUUCCAGGGAAAGCCGCACUCUUCUCUGGAGAACGCGGCCAAACAGACGUGGCGUCUGGCCAGAGAGAUUCUGACCAACCCCAAGAGCCUGGAGAAACUCUGA